AUGCUAAAGUUGAGAAAUCUAGGUACCAUCACGGAUUUUGUGGUAGAGGAUGGUCGCUUUAAGUAUUGUUUCUUCUCUCUGGGUCCUUGUAUCUGGGGGUUUAGGUUUUGCAGACCUGUUGUAUGCGCUGAUGGGUCUUUCUUGAAGACUAGGUAUGGUGGGCAAAUGUUGUGUGCAGUGGCACUGGAAGGAGGGAGUCAUAUCUUUCCGAUAGCUUUCGCUAUAAUUGACAGUGAAAACCCCAAUUCUUGGACUUAUUUUAUGAGAAAAUUGAAAGAAACGAUUGGUGAUGUUGAAAACUUAGCCUUUGGGUCGGAUAGGCGUCAAAGCAUUGUUCAUGUUCCCUGA